AUGUCCUUCUCCAUGGGCAGUCGCAAGAUCAAACGCUCGCACGGGCAUUGCUACUUCCUGGAGCGGAAGAAUGACACGUUCGCUGGCAAGACCCCGACCGGCGGUCCCUCUGGUGCACCAGAGUCAGGGGUCCAGCCACAGCAGAGCAUAGAGAGCGAGUGGCGCUAUCUGUGGUUUGUCCUCAACAACAGCGUGCUCUACCACUAUGUCACCAGCGAACCGCUCAAGCUGCUGGGAGCGAUUGAUCUGCUAUUGUGCAGCGUCAAAGAGGUGCCCGCAGAAGAGGCCCGAGGGGACCCCGACUUUAGACAGGUCAUCGCAAGCAUUCAGGCCAAGUAUCCCGAGAAGCAGGAUCUCUACGCAUUUCAGGUUGUAUCGUGGGAGCGAACGUACUAUCUCCUGUGUGAAGACGCAGCUGAAGGUCGGGGCUGGGUUCAGUCCAUGCAAGCCGACAUCGACGAAGCCCGUCUGCGAUCAAUCCAACUCGAACAGGAAGUGGUGAACCGCGAGCAGAUGCUGCUGGAGAUCGGUUUGUCGCAGCGCACGCUGGCCAGGGAGACGCGCAACCAAGACGAAGAGACGAAGCUCAAACGCGAGAUGAAGGAGAAGGUGAAGAAGAAGACGAUCAUGGAGAAAAUGAAAGUAGAGAUCGACCACAGGAAGAAGAACGAAAACGAAAACGACGAGGUCGAGGAGAGCGAAGAAAAGAACGAAGGCAAGGCUUCGGUGGUGGGCAGUGGUUCGGGGCUGAGAAAGGGCAGCCGAGGCCACCACCAGCUCACUACGUCGUCCAAGGCCAGCGAGAGCGAAAGCAGCGCCAAGGAAAAGAAAGCGAAGAAAAAGAAGGAGAAGGAGCAAGAAAAGGAGAAGAAACGGAAGGAGAAGGAGAGGGAGAAGGCCACCAAGAAGAGCGCCAGUGCCGUCAAGGACGCCGCCGCCGCCGCCGCCAGUGUCGACAAGAAUAGUGCCGGCGGCGGCGAUGCGCUGAUGGAUGAGUUCCUGGCGCUGCUCGAGGAAUCGGAGACGAACAUUCAAGAUAUGCGCCAGGACCUCGACAAGAUGGAGAAGAAGAGGAAGAAGGGCGGCGACGCCAAAGAGAAGAAGGAGAAGAAGGAGAACAAGAAGGAGAAGAAGAGCAGCCUCAAGCGCCAACGCGCCCAGGAGAAGAAGGAGGCCAAGGAACUACAGCAACUACAACUACAGCAGCAGCAGCUCGUCGAGCAGGCUGGCGACGAAGGGGCAGCAAUGACGACGCGAUCGAAGCGCAAGAGCCUGUCCCUGAUCAAGCGGGCAUCGCUCGAGCGCGGCGGCAGCAGCAGCGCGAUCAGUACCAGCGGCGGCGGAGGUGUAGGCGGAGGCGCUGCGACUGUGAAGGAGUUGAAGCGAACACGCCACGCCUCGCUCAUGCCCGGCCGGGUCCUCUCGCCCGGCGAACUGCGCAACAGCUGGAAGCGGUCCGGCUCCGGGUCGGGCAGCGAAAUCGGGCUCGAGGCCGCCGUCACCACUUCCUCCUCCUCCUCCUCGCCAAAGUUGCAGCCUCGCGCCUCCUCAGCUUCGUUUGGCGAUGAGGAGGACCAGAACGAAAGCGUGCUCAAGGCCGGCUCGCUGCAGAUGCGAAAGGAGAACGCCAAGAUUUGGCAACUGGGCAGAAAGGCCUGGAAGGACUUGUGGGUGGUGCUGAAGGACGACGGCUGCCUCUACUACUAUUCCUCCCGACAAAAGUUUCUGACGGGCGAGGAGCUGGGCAAUGUGAACAUGGUGAUGUCCGGCAUCCGAAGCUACGAGAUUCAUGGCAGCGACGAACACGCGACGAUCAGUGAAGGAACGCUGGCGAGCAGUGGCGGCGGCAGCGGCAGCGGCAGCGCGAUCGGGGGCAAGUCACUCGGGCGCUCCACGUCGCUGUCGAACUUGAAGGGUGCCCUGCUGGCGGGCCGCGGCAAGGACGACUCGCACAUGAACCGCAACUACGUGUUUGCGGCGGAGACGAGCCAGGAGAAGGACAACUGGAUCGCCGUGAUCAACGCGCUCAAGCAGAAGAUGAUGGAUCUCCUUCUCAAGAACACCCUGGCCGAACGCCAGACCUCCAUCCAAUACGCCCUCCAGAACAACGAAGCCGGAGAGAUCGAAGCGGCCGUGGAGGGUGGGAAGUCGGAGAUGCGACGCCUCCUCAAUAUCGAAGGCAACGACCAGUGCGCUGACUGCGGCGCCUCCAAUCCUGAAUGGGCGUCGCUGUCGCUGGGCGUCUUCAUUUGUAUCGAGUGCAGCGGCGUGCAUCGGGGCAUGCAUCUCAACGGGGCCCCGUCGAAGAUCCGAUCGCUCACGCUCGACAUGUGGGACGACGCCAUGAUCCGGUUUAUGGAGAAUAUGGGCAAUCGCAAGGCAAAUACGGAGUGGGCCGCCCAGUUGCCCGAGGACCACAAGCCACCAGCCACAUUUAAGGAACGAGUAGAGUUCAUCAGGAGCAAGUACGAACUCAAGAGAUACUGCGCGUUGAGCGCACAAAACAAAUAA